UCCAGGGGGGGCAACCACAACAGCUAGGGGGGGGCGCAGCCCCCUCUCGCCCCCCGUAGCUACGGGGCUGCCAAAUUAUAAAGUAUGUGUAGCUAUAAUUAUAUGAAAUCACGAGGUACCUCAUUUACAUCUAUCAAAGUUUACGUAUAGGUGGUUGCAGACUUCAAGUGACCCAGUUUUCUCCUUCUCCACUACAAUUAAUUACCCUAGCUCUAGAGUAGAUCAGUUGCUGACCUAUUAAGUGUUUCUUUCCGUAGCUUAGAAACACGUGUUGACAGACUAUCAGUUAAAACGUUUUUAAUGUGAUUGUUAUCUCCUAUCAAAUGAAUAUAAUGGUAUCUCAACUCGUGAACACAAAUGCAUUGUUUCUGUGAAUGGGUGGUACCUCUAGUACCAUCUUACCUCGAUCGAGUGUUACAUUUUGACUUGGGUUUACACGAUGACCUCAGGUGAUAUUCUCGUGGAGAUCCCAAACCUCCACUUACCCAAAUUGGCGGCUUUGUUUGAAGAAAAAGCCCCAUGGGCUCCUCACAUGGUCAGUUUCGUGCACACCGCAAUAAAAUGGAAAGAAAACCCCAACUACAACGACAAAAUAGUCAUCCUAUCACCAUACAACUCUUGGGAAACCGACGGUACCAUCAUUGCGAUAGUCCAGUUAUUGACAACGCAAGAUCUCGUCGUGUUCACUUUAGACGACCAGUGUACCAACCUUUACAAAGGUCUUACUGAAACCAAUCUCCUUUCUUACACCAAACGCUCAGUGUUUUAUGGCGUGCACGACAAACACGUACCAACCGUGAAAGCCUACAUAGAACACAAGCAAAUCCGACUUGUUGCAGACGUACCGUGUUUCAUCUACGCGAUUGCUCCACAAGACGCCAAAAAGUUCACGCUAGAGUGCCCGUCUGACGUUUACGUAAAGAAGUUGGAGCCUUCAGCGGCUAAACGCAUUAAUGAUUUGUGGCCGCACAGGUUUCUACAGUCCGAGCAGUACUUGGCUAGUUACAUAGACGCGAAUGGGGGGUAUGGAGUUUUCUUGAAAAGUAGCGACCAGAUGGUUGCUUGGGUUAUCAAACACGCGUUCGGGCACUUGGCUAUGUUGCAAACUGAAGAGGACCAUACGAGGAAGGGGUACGCCAGUUUGGUCACCAAAGCGUUGUCUAGAGAGAUUGCGGAAGAGGGGCAUUGGCCGCUGGGUACUAUUCUACUAGAAAAUAAGAACUCGGUAGCGAUGUUUGAGAAGCUAGGGUUUCGGAAUAUUGGAAUUUGUAGUUUUCUUGUGGUAGAAUAAUAAAGUAGUACCAGUAGGACUAUUGAUAAAUAUUGUUAUCUUUGUUGUGUGCAGUAUGAUUGUGGCUUAUUAUGUA